AUGGCGCGCCCUUCCAAAACUGCACCCCAGCACGACUCGAAUUUACGGCAGCGGUCUCCGAAGGCAGAAUUGUCAAAACCUACCCGCCCAACUGUGUCAAUCGCCAAAAUCUUUAAAACCUCCAAACCGGCUCGUCGUAACCGAAAGAGGCGCCGGGAGCUAAGUCCAGCAGCAACAGUAAUUGAUGAGUUAGAGGACGAGUUUGAUAAAAUCGGCGAUACACUCACUCGCACGGCCGAAAAUACAUUUGACGCUACAUGGAAGAGUCACGUGAAGAGCUUAGAGUCAACCAAGCAGAUAGAUCAAGAGUUUGUCACGAUGGUAUCAAGGAAUUUAUCUAGACUCAGCGUACCCCUACUCGCGCGCCCUGUGGCCUUGGAGCCGAAGGAUUCUGAAGCGUCCAGUCAGGAGCAUCUCGGUGCCUGCUUACAGCGCUUUGGCAAAAUCUUGGCGCGGGAAAAGGCGAAUCUGGAAAAAUAUUGGGCAGAGUGGGAUAAAUUACAGAUAGAGUAUUUGCGGCUCGGUAUCGAUGUUUUCGGUCCCCGGCCCUUUGGGAAGCUAGAGGCGCCUGCUCAUGAUGGAUUCCAUAAUACCAUGUCGCUCUGGGACUUGGAACUACGAACCAAAGUCGCUGAGUUUGAGGUUUCGCUGGAGGAAGCCGGAUGUGAAGCUCUGCGAAAGAUGAAGCAUUCUGAAACGGAGCUUGAAGUUGCCACGAAGAAGGAAAAGGCCCGGCUUCUUGCCUCGCUCCUUGGCGAACUGUAG